AUGAAGCUAAUAGAAAGGCCAUCUAUUCUCCUGCUCUUGGGUUUUCUAUCAGUGCAGUCAUGCAUGUUUCGGUUGGCCCAAUCUUCCACGAACUUCACCGACCGAUCAGCUCUCAUUGCCUUCAAUUCUAAGAUCACUUCUGACCCAAACACAACUCAUGUCUUGGCUGGAAAUUGGUCCACAGCUACAAACUUCUGCGAUUGGAUUGGGGUCUCAUGCAGCAGACGCAGGCAAAGAGUGACUGCUUUGAACUUUUCCUACAUGGGGCUCCAAGGCACCAUUUCUCCCCAUAUUGGUAACCUCUCUUUCCUGCUCUCACUUGAUCUUUCUAACAACAGCUUCUUUGGUUCUCUCCCGCAUGAGAUCAGUCGCCUACAUCGCUUGAGAAUACUCCAGCUCUCAUCCAACCUAUUGGAAGGUACCAUCCCUCCAUCUUUGCAAAACUGUCAGAAUCUUCGAAAAAUACUUCUAGAGAGCAACCAUUUUACGGGUGCAAUUCCGUCGUCCCUCAGCAAUCUACCGUCGUUAGAGUACUUGAGUUUGAUAUACAACAGCCUCACUGGCCCAUUUCCUAUUGUCAUCCUUAACAUAUCCUCUCUAACCAUGAUUGCUCUUACAGAAAAUCACAUCUCAGGAACUCUUCCAAUGGAUCUAUGCAGCCAUUGUCCUAAUCUUCGAGGGCUUUAUCUUUCAGACAACCAAUUCAAUGGUCGGCUCCCUUCACAAAUGAGUCACUGUAGAGAGGUUGUACACUUAGCCCUAUCAUCCAAUGAAUUUUAUGGGAGUAUUCCACAAGGUUUUGGGAGUUUAGAGAAGCUUAAAGUGCUAGUUCUAGGGGUUAACAAGUUAACUGGAAAUAUACCUCCUACCAUUAGUAAUUUGUCAAGGCUACUUGUGUUCGAAAUUGCAUUCAAUAGUAUUACAGGAAGCAUUCCCAAAGAUAUAUGGCGUCUUCCAAAUGUGAAAUUUUUGAAUUUUCAAGUCAAUUAUCUCACCGGGACAAUCCCCCAAGACCUUUUCAACAUUUCAUCUCUACAAGCAAUCUCCUUGGCAAAUAAUUCCCUAUUUGGCAAUCUUCCAUCAGAUUCUGAAUUUUCCUGCCCGAAUCUUAAAUCUCUAUAUUUUGCUGGCAACCAAUUUAGUGGUUUAAUCCCAUCGUAUAUUUCUAAUUGUUCUAAGCUUGUCCUACUAGAAUUUGCUGCAAACACACUCUCUGGAGCAAUACCAACAAGUCUUGGACAACUGAAAUACCUCAAAGAACUUUAUUUGGGUGACAAUCUACUAUCAGGAGAGCCUAAUCAAAAUCAAGAGCUUAAUUUCUUCUCAUCUUUAAUUAAUUGCAGAUUUUUGGAGCUAGUCUACUUAUCCAACAAUCCCUUGGAUAUUACUCUUCCUGAUUCUAUUGGAAACUUUUCUGUUUCCCUUCGCACCAUUGUUUCAUCCCAAACCCAAAUAAGGGGUCAUAUUCCUAUAAGUAUAGGUUCCUUAAAAAACUUGGCCUGGCUUGACUUGGGAAAAAACAAUUUGACUGGAAAUAUACCGUACACAAUUAAGAGAUUGGAGGGGUUACAAAGAUUGUCUCUUGGUGGCAAUAAAAUAGAAGGCUUCAUUCCAGAAGACAUAUAUUAG